AUGAGUCGUGAAGAUGCAUUAAACUCAAUUCUUGAAUUAGAAAAUUAUUAUACAGGACUAAAAAAUAACUUACCGGGUUCACCAUCAGAAAUGGUCGAUAAAGCAUGGCAUGCACACAUAUUAAAUACAAAAAUGUAUUUUCGCUUUUCUGAAAGAGCAUUUGGCAGAUAUCUUCAUCAUUUACCAUUUUGGUCUGGUAAUAUGGAAGAAGCAACACAGUUUGUUGAUGCUAUCUCAAUGUUUGAAAAAUUAAAUGCAUUGGGUAUUGAAAAUAUGAAUCAAACAGUUUGGACAUAUCGAUUAGAAAAAUGA